AAAAAAAAAAUAUAUAUAAAAAAAACCAAAAAAAAAUUAAAAAAAUAUAAAAAAACAACAAAAAAAUUGUAAAAAGUAGCAAAAAUCGAGCGAGUGUUAAAAAAUUUUCUUUUAAGUUUUUCCUUUGUGUAGAGAUUUUUCAAUCAAUUUCUUAAAAGAAAGCAAGGAGAAAUACACAAAUCUUUUGCUUGAUUUGCUUUUGCUCUCUGUCCAUAAAUUUAAUCGCCACUUCAACAUCGAGACCAUGAAUUCCGGUGGACCUAAUUAUCAAAUGGCCUCACUUUAUGUGGGCGAUCUUCAUCAAGAUAUCAAUGAAGCUGGUUUAUUUGAAAAAUUCUCCAAUGCUGGCCCUGUACUGUCUAUUCGAGUCUGCCGAGAUGUUAUUACGCGUCGUUCACUGGGAUAUGCUUAUGUUAAUUUUCAACAACCGGCCGAUGCCGAACGCGCCUUAGAUACUAUGAAUUUUGAUUUACUUCGCAAUAAACCGAUACGCAUCAUGUGGUCGCAACGUGAUCCCUCGUUACGUCGUUCAGGCAUCGGAAAUGUUUUCAUUAAGAAUUUGGACAAGACUAUUGAUAACAAAGCCAUUUACGAUACGUUUUCCGCUUUCGGUAACAUUUUAAGCUGCAAAGUGGCAACUGAUGAUAAAGGCACCUCUAAGGGCUACGGUUUUGUACAUUUUGAAACUGAAGAGGCAGCCAAUAAUGCGAUUGAAAAAGUUAAUGGUAUGCUGUUAAACGGCAAAAAGGUAUAUGUCGGUAAAUUCAUACCACGUAAGGAACGUGAGAAGGACUUGGGUGAAAAAGCUAAAUUAUUUACCAAUGUAUAUGUGAAAAACUUCGGUGACGAUGUUGACGACGAAAAACUGAAAGAAAUGUUUGACCCCUAUGGCAAAAUAACCAGCUACAAGGUCAUGAUCAAGGAUGAUGGUAAGAGUAAGUGCUUUGGUUUUGUUGCCUUUGAAACUACGGAGGCGGCCGAAGCUGCUGUUGAGGCGCUUAAUGGUAAAGAUAUGGGCGACGGCAAGGCUUUGUACGUGGCUCGAGCUCAAAAGAAGGCUGAACGUCAACAAGAGUUGAAACGUAAAUUUGAAGAAUUGAAGAAGAAACGUCAGGAGUCUGUCUACGGCGUCAACCUUUAUGUUAAGAAUCUCGAUGAUACCAUCGACGAUGAACGCUUGCGCAAGGAAUUUUCCUUGUUUGGCACGAUCACUUCAGCUAAGGUAAUGACCGACGAAGACGGCCGCUCCAAGGGUUUUGGUUUUGUAUGUUUUGUAGCACCACAUGAAGCCACCUGUGCUGUUACUGAAAUGAAUGGACGUGUCGUAGGAUCGAAGCCUUUAUAUGUAGCAUUAGCCCAACGUAAAGAGGAUCGUAAAGCUCAUUUAGCUUCUCAAUACAUGCGCCACAUGGCUGGUAUGCGUAUGCAACAAAUUGGACAAAUGUUCCAGCCUAAUACUCCUGGCAAUUUCUUCGUUCCAACAAUGGGUCCUGGUCAAAGAUUUUUCGGCCCUCAGGUACCGACUGCCAUGCGAAAUACACCACGGUGGGCUGCACAAGUACCGCGAGCAGCAGCAGGCGUUCAAGGUGUUGCCCAGAGUGCAGCCGCUGCUACAGCCGGUGGCUUCCAAAAUGCUGCCAUGGCUGCAACCGGUACAUCGCAAUAUCGUCCUCCAAACGCAGCCGCUGCUGCGGCUGCCGCAGCUGCUCGUGGCCAAGCCCCAGCUGUGCAGGGCGCUCAUGCUGCAGCCGCUGCUGCUAAUACUAUGCGUGGCACUGGCGCUCGGGCCAUUACGGGUCAACAAACCAUACCAGCUGCCAAUAUGCCUAUGGCUGGCGCACCAAUGCCUGCUGCUGCUGCUGCGGCUGCCGCUGCCGCUCAGCAGCGCCCAGCCAACUAUAAAUACACAACUAAUGUGCGUAAUCCACCUGUGCAACAAGUACAGGCACCACCACCGGUUAAACAACAGCACCAGAAAGGACCAGAAAAGCUUCUGGCUUCAAUGUUGGCUAAUGCCAAUCCCCAAGAACAAAAACAGAUUUUGGGAGAACGCUUAUAUCCCAUCAUUGAACUUGCCCAUCCUAAUAUGGCGGGAAAAAUCACUGGCAUGUUGUUAGAAAUAGAAAAUUCUGAACUUUUACAUAUGAUUGAAGAUCAGGAAGCCUUAAAAGCCAAAGUUGAAGAAGCUGUGGCCGUUUUGCAUAUGCACCGCGUUACUGAGACUACAACCUAAACAAAGGAAAAACUUUAAAGAAACUAAAAAAUAAUAACAGAUAAUAAUAGCAACA